UGACGUUUUGACAGACCGGUCCGCGUGCAACGUGCGCGCCCGCUCGAUUGUUUUGAAGUAAAAAAAUAGCGGAAGGCGCAAUAGCGGAAAAGGAAUUACUAGCCAGAAAGGAAGUGGUGCAGUGCGGGGAAUCCCUAGUGCAACCAGACAUUUAUGGAUCAUGACGAACUCGUCAGCUGCUGCUGCUGCUGCUGACCCCGCUAGUGUAUACCGUCGAGAUGAGUGUGUACCACGAUGAGAUCGAAAUCGAGGAUUUCGAGUACGACGAGGAGGACGAGAUGUACUACUACCCUUGCCCGUGCGGCGACCGGUUCCAGGUUAGCCGGGAGGAGCUGAUGGCCGGCGAGGAGGUAGCGACCUGCCCGAGCUGCUCGCUCAUCGUGAAGGUGAUAUACGAUCGUGAAGCGUUUGCCGCCGCACAGGAUGAAGAAACGGAAAGCGUUCCCAAAGGCACCACGGCCAGCGAACAGCUGACCAAAAACUAGACCGGCGACGUUGUACAAGUAGAGUGUGUAUUUAUUGUCGUAAGUUUGAGGAUCCGUACUCCGAGGAGGGAAAGUUGUACAAAUGUGCGGUCAUGGUGAAAUAAAACCAAACAAUCAAACGAGUUAAAAACGAA